GAGCAAUAGGUUAUCUACGUGAGCAUCUCGGGGAAGAAGCUACUUUGAGGGUUCACAAAAUUAGGUUAACCUCUGUCAUCUAAGCAGUCUGGCUGCAUCAGACAUGCUGCUGUGACUGUAGAGGCUUGAAGAUUUGGGAGCGAAGAUGAAAGGAUGUUCUAUUUUCAGGUCUGGGCAUUUUUUAUUUCUGCUUUGUCUUUUUGCUGUGGAAGGCAAAAAGUCACCUACAGGAAAACACACCUGCAGAAAAGGACUCCUCUCCCAGGUGACAGAGAACCUGUAUAUCAAGGCAACUAGUUUAAAAUCAUCUGUUCCUAAGGAUCUCAUCAAGACCACGAGACUGCUUAAAAAGACUACAAAAAUGCUGUUUAUGACAAACUGCAGUGUUCGAGAUCAGCUCCUCUCCUUCUAUGUGGAAAAUGUCUUCAGUCGUCUUGAGGUAGGAAGUGACAAGUUGUACUUUAUUAGUGCCUUCCAGGUCCUGCAAGCAAACAUGGAUGCCUGUCUUCCGUGUGCUCCAUCCACAAGGUUAACUUCUGCAGUCAAAAAGCUAAAGAGAAUGUUUCUGAAGCUUGGAGAUCAGGGAAUCUACAAGGCCAUCCAUGAACUGGACAUUCUCCUUCCCUGGAUUCAGGCCUACAUACAAACCAUCAUAUGAAGAAUGAGGAGGUGACAGACAGUGUGCUGCUUCUGUGAGAAGAACAGGUCAAGACCCAAAAGGCCUGAAAAUGAACUGAGAGCCGGAUGAUGGAUGUGUCUGGCAGUAACUCCCUCCCAUGGAAAGAGACCCUCUGUAACACAAGUGGCAUAGAGAUUUUCAUAAGCUUUCCUGGUUAACCUGGCACAGCAGCUUUGCCUGUUCUGCCUCUGGAGCAGCUAGAGCAAGCUGCUGUUCUUCCCAUCCUGCCUGCCUGCCCUCUGCAGCCCCCAAGGGCGCCGCACCAGCAGAACGGGGGACCUGCUACCCUGCACAUCAGACACAACCUCCCACGUGCUGUGGGCAUGAUCUUGCUGUGCCUUGUGCCACCCUGUGUGGAUACAGUUCAAAGCAACGAGGAUCGCUCUGGAAAAUCCUACCCCUAAGCCAUAUUUCCUUUGGUGCUUGUGGUUGUAGAUAUAUAACAGUACACACAAGCCAUUCUACAUUUAAAUAAGAAAAAUAAUUAUAUACUGCUUAUCUUUAUUAUUAAUUUAAGGUAAUAAUUGAUCCCUAAUAAGAAAUACACAAUUAAUGUAAAAGUUUUUUUCAGACUCGUGCAUGAGCUUUAGAUGUCACAUGAUCUACAUGAGAUCAGGCACUCAGAAACACAAUAAAUGGAUUGCUUUCACUAGGAUUGUAAAAU